GUUACAUUGUAUCGCUGGGGGAGGAGGAAGGUUCCUCACUGUGCGAGCGAAGUGUCUCCUGUUACAAGGUAUUUAGAAAUGGAAUCCUCUAUAUCCUACAAAUCAAUAUCAGACUAAACAGCGCUGCGCGUCUUUGUAGCCCUUGUUUUAACUCGAGACUGCAGUACGCCUAGCCGCCGAAGGGCGGCAGCAGAGUUCAGUAUUUUCUUUCUUUUUAUACUGAGACCUGGGUCACGUGUUCCAAUUCCUGGAAAGUUCCUGGAAAGCCGCCUUUUGCAUUUACCAGAUAUGGGGAGGAAAGGAGGGAGAGCCAGGAGAGCCGAUCACACGAGCUGGGAGGGAGUGGAGGAGACAGAGAAGCAGAGACAUGGACGAGUGAUGGGGGGGUGAAACCAGGCUCCCCCCCCCCCUCUCUCCCCACAAUUACAACACACUCACAGAAGCCACGUUUAAUUCCAGACGGCUCGUCUUCCUCCAGGGUGGCUGAUGGAUGUGAUGAUAGUGCUGGGGAUGGUGUACAGCUUUAAUUCACCUUGCGUGCCGCUGCAGUGUGCGCUUGCCGUGCCUGGGGAGCCAGUGCAAUGACUGAGGAGCUGCCCAGCCUGCUCUGUGUGUGUGUAUGUAUGAGACUGCUUACCCCCCUCACCUCCCUCUAGGAGACAGAGACCCCCUCCCAAAUCAUAUCAGUGACUGCAGAAGGAAUGCAGCCUUUGGGGACGUGGAGAACCCCCUAUCCUAGUAGUGACUGAAGAAGGAAGGCAGUAAGCUGGGCUUUGGGACAUUGAUUCCCCAGUCGUUUGGGGGGGGGGGGGGGGGGGACACAGAGAAUCCCCUCACUGACUCUAGAAGGAAGGCAGUCUUUUGGGGACACAGACAAUCCCCCCCCUCCCCAUCCCAUCACUGACUGCAGAAAGAGACAGUAUUUUGGGUUUUUGGGGACACAGAGAAUCCUCCAAUCCUAUCACUGACUGCAGAAGGGAGACAGUAUUUUGGGUUUUUGGGGACACAGAGAAUCCUCCAAUCCUAUCACUGACUGCAGAAGGGAGACAGUAUUUUGGGUUUUUGAGGACACAGAGAAUCCUCCAAUCCUAUCACUGACUGCAGAAGGAAGACUGUAUUUUGGGGACAUAUAGAGAAACCCCUCAUCCUAUUUGUGUCUGAAGAAGGAAUGCAGAAUUUUGGGGAGGCUGUACAAGCUUCCUCCCCCCAUCCUGCACCUCAACUUUACAUGAACCGCUAUAACUGAACCUAGAGGUGGAAAUGGGGGGGUAUUAAUCAAAACACAGACCUUCAGGGAAAAGCAGUCCAAUGAGAUUAGAGCAAGGGGUUGAUCCAGGAUAUGCACCCCCUCAGCCACAUAUUUAGGGUUUAAGUCACAUCUUUGGCUGUUUUGGUAGCAUUUGUGUUUUUUCUCUUUAAUAAAGGAAGUCAAUGCGGAACUCUGGAUUUUUCUUCUUCUCAAAGGGGGUGAAACCAAUGACAAGAGAUCAGAAGGUAAUAAUGUCUGUGUGUGCAUAUAGAUUGAUCCUUAAUUGUGUCUGGGAGGGUUUAUAUGGGAAAUCCUGUUAAAGGUGCCUGGGAAGGUUACUUUCGAGCAGUCGGUUUCCUAGACAGACCAGAACACACCUAGUUGGUUAGAACGAUUAUUCUCCUUUCUAGCAACAAUGUAUUCUAAAAUCAUGGGAGAAACACAGGUAUUGGCCAGCUCUCCCUGUGUCUGCUCCCCAUGUGCUCAUAUAGGUAGCUGUAUCCCAGUGAUCACCUAUAGACCCUGCAACCGUUUAUUCUUUAUCCUAAAACUUGUUUGUUUAUUUUUUUUGUUUACAUUCGACGUUCCAUCCGCUCGAUCUCCCACCAGGUGCUAUUUUAAUCAAAACUCGAUCAGUAGAUUAUAAUCGACCAUUUUAUAAAACUAAACACUGUUCGUUUGCCAAAAUCCCAUUACAAUCCAGAUUUUCUGAGUGUAAAUUCCGACACAAAUCUCUACCUACUAUACUCUACUCUAAUUAUCCCCUGCUUCCAAAAAUAGAUCAGACAAACUAAAAAAAAUCUAUAUUGAUCCAUUUUAUUACAUGGAUAACUGUAAAAUUCUGAAUCUUUAGUUUUUAAAUGGGUUUUAAAUUCGGUUUUAUAUAUUUUUUUUUUUUUGCCUAUCCUGAACACAUGGCAAGCGUAAAAUACUAAUUUUAUACGUUAUUCAGUUUAUAGGUGUUUGGUUUUACAACAGAACACUAUUGUGAUUAUUAGGAUAAUUGGUUUAUCUUUUGUAUCUCCCACUACAAUGAGUCGAUACUAUCUGUAUAUUAACUCUUAAUGGCUUAAAAUAAGUUACUUUGCAAAACAGUCUGGUUAAUUUUUUUUGGUAUGAAGAAUAAUUUUAUUUCGUGAAAUGACAUAAUACACCUGUACUUUCGUUUUGACUCUCUGUUUGAGCCCUAUAUAUGUGAUGUAAUGAAGAUAUGGGGGGGGGUGUAUACAUUAGCCCUAAUCUUCUAGCUAAGUUUUGGGUGAGUUGCACCCCAUUUUAUUUUUUAUUUUUUUUUGCUACUAGUUUGGGGGGUGAUGGCUAAUUACUUAAACUAUUAUAAAUUCCAACAUACUCUCCUCUAUUUAUCCUGGAUCUUCAAUACAUCCAGUGAUUUAUACAUAACAGUCAAGGUUUGGAGAGGGAAAGGAGUAAUUUUAAUAAAUAGACAUAUUUAAUUUCGUGAUGCAUUGCUUUUAUUGAUCCCCUUGCCUCCAAAUAAUUUAAAUACUAAUGAUUAUUAUUGUGCAUGAAACUGAUUGUCUGAUACUGAAUAUCAUUAUUGCUCCUAGGGUGAUCAAUAUAUUUAGAGGGAGUUUCCCAGGUCAAUAAUUCCCCUGUUUUUCCGCUUUGCAGGAAGGUGGGAUCGUUGGAUAGUAAGAGAGGGUGUCCUAUCGCCUGGGUGUGAUAUCUUUGAGGAUAGGGGUCAUGCACUUUGACAGGCGAUAGAAGCUGCGAUUGGGUUUAUCGGCCGACUUGUCCUAGCGGUGCAGCAGCAGAGUGAAGACCUAGCGGUACGCAGGGCACUCCAAUGACUCUGAGAUCGCCCGAAACGUCGGCAGAUCCCAGCAUUAUUCAAGACGGCUCCGGGCCCCGGGAACCCCCGCAUGUGGUCCCCGAGGGGGACCCUGACAGAGAGGACCCUGUCGCUGUGUCCAUGGGGGAGCUCAGGAAGUCAGGUAGGUCUCCCCAAAAACUGGGCUUGAUGCUCCUAGAUUAAGACUUUUUAUUAAAUAGUGACACCCUCUCCAUCUCCCAAACUGAUCUAAUUAUUUCAGUGCAAGUGGGCUAUACAGGGGUACCCCAAUCUAGCCCUCUGGGUGUGCAAGUGCAUAUGGACUGUUUGGUUCUUGCUUCUGGGGCAGAUAUCACUGGUUUGUAGAACUCUCUGAGGAGCAAGGAAAGACAAAACAUCUAUUUCUAUUGAUUAGCCCAACAGUGAGUGUCAGCAUCAGGCUAAGUGGCUUUAAUUCCACAAUGCUGCAAGUUAGUUAUCCAUUAUCACAUUAUUGUCACAGAAUCCUAAACCUCUUGCUAUACGCAACUUUAAUACAGUUAUAACCGAGGAUAUAUAUCUCUAUCUUUAUCCCUUUUUUUUUUUUUUUUUUCUCUCUCUCUCUCUGAAAAUGUAUUAGUAAAAUGUAAGUUCUUAUAAAUUCUCUAUUAUCCCUAAAAUCUGAACAGUAUAGUAACAUUCAGAUUUCAUUCUACCUGGGAUUAGUGUAAUGUGUUGAUACAUUGUUUGGUAUUUUUGUUUUGGUGGAUUCAUUAACUUUUUUUGGUUUAUUUUUAUAACUGUGCAAUAAUUUGUGUAAAACGCCAAUGUAUUGUGUAUAAUGAGAUACUGGAGAUGUAUAUUUUCUCAAACUAAUAGGAGUUAAAAACAAAACAAAAAAAAAAGUGUGGAGUAAUGGAAUGAUAUUGAUCAGUGUUGCUUUUGACCUGAUGAAAUUUUUUUAUUUUUUUGUAGUUUAGUCCAAUAAAGUGUCAUUGCAUAUUAUUUGUUAUUUAUAUAACGCCAUCAGAUUCUUUAGCACCGUACAAUGGGUGGACUAAAAGACAUGUAAUUGUAACCAGAUAAAUGGACUUACAGGUGGAGGGCGCUGCUCAAUGAGCUUACAUUCUAGAGGGAGUGAGGUAUAGUGACACAAACUGUAAAAGUAGGGGUACAAAGUAGGUUGUUAGAAAAGUAUUAAUUGAGGGCUUAGUAGGUCAUUUUUGACAGUUGCAGGAGAGGAGUCAUGGAGGGUGGGGGGAUGAAAACCUGCUAACAGUUUAAUUGAUAUGCUUUCUUGAAGUGAGUCUUCAAUGAUUUUUUUUGAGUGAGUGGAGACUGUGUGAAAUUCUUACGGAGAAGAAUAUAUUAAAUGGCAAUCUAUCAUAUUAUUUUUGGCAUUUUUUACUCCAAUCUGUGCAUGUGUAUACUUGGAAUUGUAAGACCAUGUGCAUUGAUUAGCAGGGAGAAUUAAUUCCUUACAUAUAUUGGGUGAUUUAAGAAGUCCCUAAAUGGUUUUUUUUUAAUGUUCAGAAAUAAAACUGGUAAUGUGUUAUACAUACCACUGACAGAAACUGAUAUUUGUUUAUAAUUAACUUUGAACUCUUAGCGUUUGUUUGGUUUUUGGGUUUUUUACGUACAACUACAUAAACAUGCACACAUCACAUAUGCAAUAUACAAACACAGCUUUUAAAUGAAUGCAGUUUAUUAACGAAACUCCUGCUCUGGGGAGUGGAGAAACAAAAACUUCCAUCUCUGCCAUAGUCACUGUUCUGAUUUCAGUCCCCCCCAAAUCCGCAUUCUAUUUAAGAGUUAAAGUUGUGGGGAAAGUGUAUGUGUGACAUGGGACUGCACUGACUCUGAAAAACGAAAGGGCCCAAAAAAAUCUAGAAGUCUAUGCAGAGUUAAUAGUCUGUUACAGAAAGUGUUAUAUUUGGCGAGCAGCAAAAGUGAGCAUAGUCCAAAAACUGGUAAAUGUAACCAAACAAAGCUCACUGCAUAAAUCAGGCCACAUUUAAUGUCUUCUGAAGAUUAGCAGUCAGUUUGUCUGUGCUGGAAUUGUUCCUGCGUCUGAUGCGUUUAUUUACUUCUGACAUUUUCAAGCCUGCUUUCAACUUCAAAAUGUCACUUAGGAAAUGUUUGACAAGUGCUAGAGCAGAGCAAAUCCCAGCUUCUAGAAGCUUAACUGGCAACUAUGUGAUAUCAAAAUAAAGUACGUAUUUCAGUAGCCUGCCUUUUGAUUUUUAUAUUGCGCCAACUUUACUGUUCUGCAGGGGGUAGCGAUUAGAGGUAAAGAGAGCCCAGAUAAGACUUUGGUUUAUGUGUUUUUUUUUUUUUUAAUUUAAUUAUAAUUAUAUUUAUUUUUUAUAUUUUAAACUUUCUCCUACCAUUCCAUUACUACUUUUAUUAGUAGUAAUGUAUGUGUAUGAAGACAGCUGAAAUUGUUUUGGAGAUGGUAUCGUGAGUUUAGGGCAUCGAAAAUAAAAAAUAAUAUUCUUCUAGUAGGUCCUUAUUGAACAGACCGCUUCCCUCGAAUUUUGUACUACUGAUUUCAAGAUUCUAAAGAUUAUUUUAAAAUAGUUUUUGUAUAUAGCAUAUUACAAUUUAAAGUUUGGGUCAUGGAGUUCAUUCUAUAAAAAUAGGUUGCCAACCUAAUACGGUAUACACUGGGUCCCUGUCAAAAGUUCAGUGUCACCCAAAAACAUACUAGUUUACCACUUGCACUGCGGUCUGUAACUGCAGUGUUACUGAAUAUACUUUGCCUGCUCUAAAAUUACAGUGGAGAAUGAAACUAAACUAUGCUACUUUCUAGUGUGUGUGUGUAGAUUUUUAUUUUGUUUGCUAAACUUUCUUUAUAUUCCCAUUUAUUUUCUAUAAUGCAUGUGCAAGGUGUUUUAUAUUUGCAUGUUUUUCAUUCUUUCCAUUUUUUAUUUUAAUACUUUUAAAAAAAAAUUUGUUUUAAUUAUUUCUGGUAAACUGCUUGCUGGUUGGUUUCCAGAACUCUUCACCAUCAGGGAUUAGAACAGUGCUUAAAUUUAUUUUAAUUUCCUAGCACUUUCCUUCAGCUCUUGGUAUGGCCGUAGGAAUGUAAAAUUAGCAAUUUGUGUUCUUUCAAAGUCUUUUCUGUUCCUGGAAAUGAAAAGAGCCAAGACCUGUAAUUAUGAACAGUGGAAUACCACCAUUUACUAUUUUCAGGCAAAAGAAGCCCUUUUUGUCCUACUAAACCUUGAAGUCGAGAGGUAUGUGUUGAUGCAAGAUAGCAGCUGAAAUUAGUUUAAUAUAAAAAGGUAUUCUAAGAUACGAACAGAUUUUUAAAAUGUGAAACUUUCAGGAGAUCCUUCUUUCUCAUGUGUAAAGCAUUUCUGAGCAAGAUGAAAAAUGGAAUUCAAAGUUGAGUUGUGAUCUAAGGAUUAAAGGGACCUGAGAGCAGAUUAUUCAUGUUCAAGAAUACAGAAUGUAGUAUGAAGACCUAUAUAGAACGUCCAUAUACACAUGUAAAUGUGCACACACACAUGCACCCAAGUAUGGGAAAGCAUGUUAACAUAUUAUGUUGAGUAUUGCCAAUAUUAUAUCUGCAUGUAUAGUACAUUAGAAAUCGUCUUAACUUAUGGAUACAUAUUACAGAAAGGGAAGAUUUUGAUUGCUAGAAUGGGGGCAUGUAACACUUUGGUGGUGGGACCGGAAACCAAAGUCGAUAUUUAAUCCUCUUAUUGCUGUUAAAAUAAAUGAAUAUAAAAAUAAUAAUCAUUCCGACUUUAAAAGCUUGCAUGUAGUUCUAUAUAUGCCAUUCUGCAUGAGAGAGAGAGAAUAAAACUUCCCUUAGCCCUACAAAACUGUAUAUUAUCUGCUCUCAUUUCACGUUAACCUCUAUCACAAAUUAUCUUUGAAUUCAAUGUGUCGUCUUGCACCCAAGCGCUAUAGACUUGAGAAAGGGAGCAUUUCCCAAAAGUUUCAUAUCAAACUUCUAUAAAUCUAAUAGGUAUUACAAAAUACUGAUUUUCUUUUGUUUUACAUCUGUGUCUCUGGACAACAUAGCUACAAUCUCUGGUUGUGUGUUUUUGGAAGCAAUAAUAUGCAGAUUUCUCUAAGAUUCUUGCUAUAUAGUUAUGAGUACAUACAUCUAGUUUGAUGGAAUCAGAUCAAGGUAAUAUUGGAUGCUAGGUCAAGGACAAGGUGGGUGGAAGUUAAUAAAGGUAGAGAGCAGGGAGAAAAUGGAGUAGUAAGAUGAGUAGACUUCAGGGUCUUUAAUAGACCUUCAACUGAUCAGGACUAGGAACUAUGAAGCUCAUGCAUAGAGUUCCAUAAAGUAACACAAGAUGUUCGUAAUAGAAUUUUUAAUGAGUAGUUCUGUCCCAGUAGCAGUAUUGAGAGGGAAAUAGCAGAGGAUGGGUUAUUACAGAAGCUGAGUAGGGAGUACUAAUGAGCAAAUCUCCAUUUAAGGAGAAGACUUCAAUGCUCUCCCUGUCCUCCGUAAUUGGUGGAAAUCGAUAUACAAAAUUUUUUUUUUUUUUUUUUUUUUAUUUAACCUGGAUGCUGUUCUGCUGUAUGUUCAUUGUGAAUUAACAUCAUGUGCUAGGCUUUGUCACUCUCCUAUAUUUAAUUAAAAAAUUUUUUAAUAUAUUUAAUUUUUUUUUUUUUUUUUAAAUCGAAAUGGUGCCAUGUUGCAAAUACUGUUAUGCACGAACGAAUAUUUGAAUAUUGUGUGGGUAGAUUGAAGGCAUUGGAGUCUUUUUGUGGUGUGGGUGUUCACCUUUCAUUUUGAAUACAAAAAGAAAAGCAGAAGUUUAAUAAAGGAAUGGUUUUCAAAGAAGAAAUCUUAGAUGACUAAUUGGCUUUAGGGCAGAGAUGUAUAAAUGGUAGACCAAGCAUGGGGGGGGGGAAAGGCAAUGGAAAGGGCUUGUAGUAGAUAAUUUUCCAUUUCUGGUUAAGUGUAUGUGCAGAUAGUAAGACGAUUGUGGGUUGGAGAGUCUGGAUGUGCAGGAGGAUAAUGAUAAUGGGGAGUGGAAGGAGAUGAAAUGAGCAGGAGGAAAAAGUGACAUGCAAAAACUGGAAACAGGAAAAACUGGAUGCCUUCUAUAAAGUAAUGGCUGUGAUGGUCAAUAGGGUCAGACAGAAGGGCAGCAUAAAUGUAGCAGUCAUUGGAACUACUCUACUGUGCAUGUCAUAGACUGAAGGGUAAGAGUCCUUCAACAAACCAUUGGUCUCCAGAUUUGCUGAUCUGAGGUUCUAGAACAUAAUGUGUUGUGGGUGAUGAACCACUGACUGAAGUAACUGAAGAGUUUGCAUCCUAUUGGCUCUACCUCAGGAUUAAUUAUAUGGAGGCUGGAGUUUUUCCCAAGACUGCUUUUCUCUUUUUCGUCCUCGAUUCUUGACAAUUAAAUUUAAUGACUUGAGACUUUAUCGGUGCGACAUUGACCAUAGCUUAAAGCAUAUUCUUAACACUAAACAUCUAAUGAUGUCUGCAAAGGGGUGUGUGUGUGUACACACGCACGCAUAUUCCUAUAUAUUCAUGUUCCGGAUUCUUGAAUGUGCCUUUUCCAUUCUAGGUCCGUUGUGUCACCUUCAUUUACAUUUUCCUUAGAGGACCACUAAAGGCACACAGACCACUUCAUCUUAAUAAAGUGGUUUGGGUACAGUGCCCUUGGUUUUAACUCUACAAUGUAAAUCAUUGCUGUUUUGUUGACCUUGCAGGGUUAACACCUAUCUAGAGAAAUGUUGGGUGUUUGCUCAAUGACUCCUGUCAUUUCUUUACGUUGUUUAUAUUGUGUUUGGGUUAUUUCUUUUUGUCUCUUGUCUUUGCAUGUGCUAUAAGUAUAAUACUUAUUCUCCUUGUGCAAUAAGACUUCUGCAUUUCUAUCUCUAUUUGAAGCAAUUGUCUCACUGUGGUUUAAGUUUAAAUAUUUGAUGGAAUAAAGAUAACUUUUUAUAUUUAACUAGAUAGUGUGCAGUGGUAUUUAUCCUUUUUUGGUGGAGGGGGUUGUUGCAUCCAUUUGCUCCCUUGUGCACUGUUGUGGUUAUAUUGUGUGGUGUGUUUUUUUUUUUUUUUAUUUUUUUUUUUUCAUUACUAACGAGUCAAUUUAAAUUGCAUUAUUACCACUGGGACAGGCAGGUGAGUGAGAGGAGUCCCAUGAGGAGCCAGGUGACAAGAUACAGUCGCCAUAGACAGAACCAAUAGGAAUGCAACAAAGUCACAAGCGUUAAGGACCGGCCGCCUCUGUUCCCCGCCGCGUGCUCCAGUGCCCCCCAUCUUUCUUAAUGUCUAUCUUUUCCUUUCUCUUUUCUUACCGACCAAGUGUAUGCCAGACACAAAGAUAAGCAAAAGGGCGGUACAAGCUCUGGAGAUACAGAAGGUGAAAAAAAACCAAAAAAGUACCGGCUGCCGGUAAGCCAUUCCGCCAGCCAGUUAUUGCUAUCUUCAGUGUACUCUCCAAAAAAAAACACACCUUGGUUGACAGUAGAAAAGAGCUGAGUAAAAGGAUAAUGUACUGAACUACAUAAUGUAUAACAAAGUUGAAUUGCACGACAUGUACUACAGGCUUUUGCACAAGCUGGUAUGCUAUAAUGUUUGUCUUGCUGUUUAUGCCAAAUUUACAAAAUUGAAAAAUAAAGAAUUUUAAAAAUAAAUAAAUUGCAUUAUUACCAGACUUUCCAUCUUUGAAGUGGUUAUUUGUAAAUGGACACCAUAGCCACCUGAAAGACUACAGCUUAAUGUAGUUGUUCUGGUGUUUUGCCGCAUGUCCGUAAAGGCAGAGAAGAGGCAGUGUUUACAUUACUAGGAACAGCUAGUGGCAGUGACUCGGACAGCUACUAGAGGUGCUUCCUGGGUCAGUGCUGCACUGACUUUCAGCGUCUCCCAGGGGUCGAGUCCUGGGGAAAAUGUGGACACCCAGAGCGUGUCCAUAUAAUUUACUUACUAUUUUGUGCUGGACAGGAGUGUUAGGUGUUGAUCUUCCUGUGCACUCCAUCGCAGAGCUCCUCAGUGGCAGGCAGACAUUCUCUGUGUGGGAGUAGAGACAGCAUAACUCCGCCUCCCGUGACUUACUCAGCACCAGGAAACUACUGCAGGAAGUGUGUGAAGUCAGAAAUCCCCCGUGUGCACUCUCUGACUCUAACAGCAGGGAAGACACUGUAGUGAGAGCUCAGCUAGUCUUCCUGGAACCUUGCAAUCUCUAAGACAGCCUGCCUGUCAGUAGAACUUACAAGCUAUGUUGGCCCCAUGGUGCCCUUGUUGCCAUGGCGCUCUGUGCGGACACACCGCUUGCACACCCUUAAAGCCGGCCUUGCCUGGCGUCCGGAAUUGCAUGUGCUGGGCGUCGGGCUAUAGGAAUUGCGCAUCCCUGGGAACGGAGUUCCUGCUGUGGAAAAAGUGCAGGAAAUCCGUUCCCACGCAUUCCUGCAGGACCCGAGCCCUGGCAUCUCCACGCUCUGCAUUAAGAUGCUGAAUGCUCCUCCUAGAGAUGCAUUUCUAUGAGGAGGUGCUGAUUGGCGCAGUGUGGCGGUUUGCAGCGCAUUAACAAUGGCCUCCGGAUUGGCUGAGAUGAUCGACUUUGAUCUGCGCCAAGGGGGCGAGGCAUGGCCAUCUUCUAUGAGACCCGCACAGUAAAAAAGGUAAAAAUUACUAUUUUAAACCUAUAGUGUCAAGAAUACAAGUUGUUUUCCUGACACUAUACUGUUCCUUUAAUAAAAUGCUAUACUGUUCCUCUAUUAAGACCCAUUUAUUUGAAAAUGAUGACUAGUUGCUGAUUAAUUUGUGGAGACUAAAUACAUGUUCGCUCUGAAGAGGUUAAAAGUAGCAAGUGAUCCUUUGAAUAAGAAUGUCCUUUUUAAAAUCUUCCACCCUUACAAAGUACUGAGUUAUUAGCGCUCUGAGUGUUUCCUGGAAGCCGUCACUUACUGAUCAUUGUAUUGAAAACUUUAAUUGACGUCUCACUGCCCUUCCCUUGAGCAUACUCCCAGCUCUUUGGUGAAUUCACAAGCUAAAGGCUUUCCAAGAAUUAAAUGCACAUGUGACUUUAUUUUUUAUUUUUUUUUUAUUUUUUUAAUGCUCUGUUUUCACCUACACGUGUUAAUUAAUGGAAUAUAUAGUCUGAAUAGUACUUCAAAAAUGUUAGGAAAAGUCAAAUUCUGCUGCAGUUUAGUUCUAUAAACACCCACCCUGUAAUUUCAUCUUGGUGAAAUUGCUAUGGGCGAGGUUUAUUUAUUUAAAUUUUUUUCUUAAACAUUUUUACGUCACUGUAUAGUGAACUAAUUUCCACAGUGAUUUAUCAUAUGUGCCACUUGGAAAUGGGGAAAAAAAUCUCUAUUUUCAUGGCAAAAUACAAUUAUUUUUUUUUUUUCUAGAUUCUAGUGAGCCUCAAACCUCCUAGGCCAGGGGUUCUCAACCCAGUCCUCAAGGACCCCCUACCGGUCCAGGAUUUAGGGAUUACCCUGUUGUAUCUAAAGUGUUUGUGUGCCCCCCUCCCUCGCCCCUAAAAACACACACAGCAGGGUAAUCCCUAUAUCCUGGACAGUUCGGGGGUCCUUGAGGACUGGGUGAAGAACUCCUAUCCUAGGCUUAGAUUAGUCACAGUAUUGUGAAGGAAUUGGCUGAGGAGUUGGGCAUAGCCAUAACUCCUUCAUCUACGUGGUGGUUGUGUGUGGUGGUUUAUUUAUUUAUUUUUUUAUUUUUUUUUAGACCCAUCUUGACUCUUAUAUUUUUAUUUUUUUAUUUUUUUUGCAUAUUUGCACCUGUUCUUUAGCAAGUUCUAGUUAUAGGUUUUUAAUUUUCUGGAAUGAUACAUGUAAUUGGGGGAAACAAUGUUAUUAACAUUUACUCUGCUAUUGCAAGAGUCAAGAAGGCUAUAGCUUUAGAUAUCCAUUAACUUAUUCUAAUGAAAAGGUGCUCUGAUUCACCUAUCGAAGUUUCUACUUUUGAUAUUUCCAAGCAUUAAAUAUUUUUGACUGUUGGAUCAUGUGAGCAGCUAACCUGCUCACUAACUCUCUUCUUGAAAUUCCUACCAACUUCCUAAUUGUACACCCUUGUAGGUUUACAUUACUGGGAUAAAAGAGCAUAUUUUGUGAACAUGGCAGUUAGUGAGGAGCCAAGAUGCAGAACAUAUAAUGUUUCAAUUUAAUAUUGUUCCAGCACUGUUUAAAGCGACACUUUUACUAGUCUACAUGGUGAGGCACAUGGAAUGCUGCCAGGGGAACCCUAGAGCUCCCCAGGUAGAGAGCUGAGUGGCCAUGCUGCUAACUGGAAGUGUUACAGGGCAAAGAUGCAGGCGCUCGGGUGGUCUUGUCUUCCACCGAAGUUCCGAUUGCACAACUGCGCAUGCGCUAACCGGAAGGUCUAAAUUUGGGUGUUCUUUUCAAAAGUACAUGGUAUUUAUGCUGUGCAGAUCCUGUCAACAUCCAAUCCAGUCAAGAGAUCUACAAAUAUAAUGUAGGGACUACUUUGUCUCUGUAUUUUUCCUCUGCUUGAUUUUUCUUGACUUAAAGUGGAGCCUAAGGUUCCAAUCCCUGCAACCAUCAUCUGUCACGACUGCAGGGAGGUGACUGAAACUCCAGGAGUUUAAGAGAAGCAGUGCAACAAAGAUGUAAGGUGAGUAAUCUCAAUUUAACCUGCCCCCACCCUCCGCCACCAGACCACCAGUGGUGAUGUCACAGUCAGACUCUGUGAAUUCGGCAAAGUCCCGGGAUUGUGACAGUGCCACUAUAAAGGGAGUCCCCCACAUGGGUUAUAGGCCAUUUAAAGUAUUUUGUGCGCUUUGUUUGCUAUGUAUGUAUGUAUAAUUUGUUUUUUUUUUUUCUCUGUUAUGGCUUUUGUUUGCCCAAAAAUAUUCCACAAAGCACUGCUUAUAGGAAAAACUUUGCAAAUAAUGUUGCUCCUUCAACUUUCUAUAGCAUUGCUGAGUCAGUCCUGUAGAAACUGUAAAGCCUUAAGGUUUGAAAGAUGUACUGCCUUUUAAUUUGGUGUUUUAUUCUCCUUUUAAUUGUAUCCUACAACCCGAUACAUGCUGGAAGGUUUGACAUCUGUGGUGACUUUCAUUUUUCAGGCUCUAAAGAUUCCUGGCUGGCUGCUCUGUGAAGCACCGGACAAGGCCAUAUUUACAGACAUCCAUCUCAAUUUAUAAGAAUGCAUUUCAGUGAGAAGAGAAGGCUUCACCAGCUACGGUGCCACUUCUUCACGUGCACACCCUCCCCACACACACUCCUGUUAGUUUACCUUUGUCUCCUGUAGGGUGGCUUGCUUGAUGCUCUGGUCCUGGCUAAGGCUGAUGGGAGUGAGCAUACAGUGGCAGCUCACCCCAACCUCUCUUCUCCCUCCAUGCUGUUGUGUGGCUCUGCAGACUCCAUGCUGCUGCCUCCUCCCUCCAGUCCUCCUGUGCGGCUCUCUGUGAAGCAGGGAGAAAGUAACAGGCUGACAUCACUUCCUCCCUGCCGGCUGAUGGGUCGGGUCUUAAAGUGCCGGCACCUCAUCGGCCCCUACUUGGUAUGAGGGAAUGGGGGCUCAAAUCAUGUAUAAUAUCCUGGAAACCAACACACAUAAUCUAAAAUACAUUGUUUCCAGGAUAUUACACAUGAUAUAUACCCAUUGUACAACGGAAUUUGCUGGCGCUAUAUAAAUAAUGCGGGGAGUCACAUGCAAAAUGAGGGAGUCUCAUGGAACUUCCAGCAGACUUGGGAUGUCUGUACUUAUUUCAAAGAUGAUUCUCAAAUGAACGAUUGCAGAACAGUUUGAUACAAAUCUUUCUAUAUUUACCUAAAUGAGUAUAUUAAAACUGACAUCCUGUUGACUAUUGUCAUGCAGUCAUACAUAUGCUAGGGACCCAUUUAAAAUCCUCCUUUUUAAAGCAGCACUGUCAUGUCGAACUUACCUUGAUUUAAUUGAUUCCUCUUCUCUCUGUCAGGAUCUGUUCAGUUCUUCCUGUCUGCUCUAGUUUUCUUUAAAACAUAAGACAAAGUAGGGACUACUUGUCUUAUGGAGGUUUCCUACGACUUACCAUCUCUGACCAGCAGAGGAGCAAAGUUUGCUUCGUUUCCAGUGGUCAGAAAUUUUCCCACAAUUCUAAGCUUUCCUCCCUAUUCCUGCGAUGCUCCCUGUCAGUAUUGCCGAAAAUCCUGUCAUUUAGACAGGACGCCGGCAAAACUGCCAAAUUGUGGCCUAACAGAAUUAGAACAAUUUGUUAAUUCGCUGUAGAACGCAAUUCGGGACUAAUGGAAACUCCGAUCCUAUUCGUGCGGUGGCUGCAUCUUGCAGCUGCUUGGUAGAUAACUCCCUAAUUCCAACGGUAUCAGGGAGCUAUCUACCAAAAAGCUGAAAGACAUAAAUUUACUAAUACGAAGUAAAGAUUACUUUACUGAGCGGCAGGUUGGGGCCCUAAAGCAUAAUGAGGGGUGGGGGACCUAUUGUCCUCUCCCUCCCUGGCCCCUAGUUCUGAGCGGUGGGUGGGGGCCAUAAAUAACAACAAGGGGGGACCUUUAGUCCUCACCCCCCACUCCUGAGUGGUGGGUGGUUGCCAUAAAAGACAAUGGGGUGGGAACCUAUUGUCUUCCCCCUGGCCCCCACCCCUGAGAGACUUGUGGGGGCCAUAAGUGAAAAUGCCUCCCUUCCAAGGUGACUAAGGGGCCCCUAAUCUAAAAGAACUACCUGUGUGUGUAAAAAAAAAAAAAAAAUUUCCUACGCUGUAUAAAAUGACACAGAGCACUCUGAUUGGAAGGGGGUAUUUUCAUUUAGGGCACCCACCCACCGCUCAAGGGUGGGGGCUUGGGGGGACGACGACUAUAGGUCUCCCUCACCCGCCGCUCAGGGGUGGGGAGGACAAUAGGUUCCCCCCCACCCCCCAUUUUCCUUUAUGGCCCUCACCCCCAGCUCAAGGGUGGGGGCCAGGUAAUAGGUUUUUUUUUUGUUUUUUUUUGUGAGCAUCCACAGGCUACUCACUGUUUAGUAGACAUGCCCCUACUCACGGUAUAGCGAGUAGGGGCAUUUGGGAGAUUUGGGGGGCGGGGGGGGGAGCUUAGGAAGUGGCCAGGAGCACUGCUCCCUGACUCUUCUAUUUUAAAAUUUUACAAGGAGGGAGCUGCGUGCCGUUAGCUCCCUCCUUGUAAUAAACUGAAUGAACAAAGAAACUAACACUGAUAUUCAGUGUUUGUUCGUUUGACAUUUCUAUUCAUUCAUUUGCCUUUCUGACAAAUUUAAUAGAUUAAAUUCCCGUUCGCAUGCCCAAGUGUUUAACUGGGCAUGUGUGGGAAUCUCACAGUGCUAUCUAGUGUGGGCAGAUGACGUGUUCCACAGGGACUCCAUCUACGAACACAAAGAUGGCGGCGCCCAGAACAUAGGUCCGGGCACAAAAGAAAGAUUAAAAAAAUAAGUGAUAUGGGUGGCUUAGGGGUAUUUGGGCGUGACUAGGGGGUCAGUUAGAUGGAGUCGGGAUGGGUGGGUUAAAAAAAAAAAAAACCCUGUAUUCGGCCAUGACAGUGCCGCUUUAACCCCUUAAGGACCAAACUUCUGGAAUAAAAGGGAAUCCUGACAUGUCAUGUGUCCUUAAGGGGUUUACUUUUGAAGCUGUCUUUAAGGGAAUAUUCAAUGCACCAUAACCACUACAGCGCUCCAGAGUCAAACCAUUUCAUUGAAAGUCAAACUGGUGUUAGAAUGGUUUGUCUCCUUAUGUAGGGUCCACUGGGCUCCCUGUCUAUUCUCUAGCUGGAAGUUGUGCUAAGCCCAGUAGAGAGACUCUCAGCCAGAGAGUCAAUGCACUGCCGGACUUGGCUCGUAGGGGAGCAGCACCUGGAAGACCACAGGCAAGAAGUCAAACUAUUCUAAAACAGACUACAUUGAGGGGUGUUAUGACAAUCAUUGUAGCAAUUAUUGAAGCUUAUUUUUCAUAAAGGUGUUCUUGUGGUGGGUUUUUUUUUAUUUUUUUUAUUUACUCUUUUGGGGUUACUUAAGGACCCAGACUUUAAUAUUUCCCACCUUCUGUGACUCUUGCAGAACUCUGCAUUCAAACACCUGCCCUGGUUUCCUUUAAAAUAAAAAAUAUAUAAAUUGUGUGAUAUUUAUUUUUGAGUUUAGGUUCUACAGUUUGCCCGAAACGUGUUUGUCCUUCAAAUAAAUGACCGUAACACUUUAAUUUUUUUUUUAUUUAUUUUUUUGUGCACACAGAAAUAAUAGAGGCUGCACAAAUCUUUUUGACUUGUGGAUUUGUAGACACUGCCUGAUCAACAGUGGUGGGCCUUAUGCUGCAUAGUUGCGGCCUGACUACCCCACUUCCUCUCCUCUAACAUACCAUCCCUAAUUUUUGGGGACUUUAACAUACCCUUCAACCCACCCCUGACCACCUCAGCCUCUAAACUACUUUCAAUUACUUUCUCCCUUGGGCUAUUGCAGUGGGCUAAUUCUCCCACCCAUGUAGCUGGCAAUACCCUCGACCUAAUUUUCACUUAUGCAUGUACAGUGUCUAAUAUCUCCAACACUCAUUUUCCUCCUCUCUCAUCACCACCUCUUAUCAUUUGCCCACUCACCCAACAACCUCAGCCUAACUCCCCUCAACUCAGGAGGAACCUUAAUUCUAUUGACCUCCAGCAGCUGUCAGCUGAUAUUGAUUCACAACUGCUAUUCUCUCUCCUAGCCAUCUACACAUAUAACACUACCCUCACCUCUGCCUUGAACACUACAGCACCGCUCCAAACAAGCACCUCGAGGAGGAUACGCCCCCAACCGUGGCAUACUGAAUCAACACGCUAUCUGCAAAGAUGCUCCCGUUGUGGUGAACGCUCCUGGAGGAAGUCUUGCACCCAGUCAGACUUUCUCCAUUAUAGAUUCAUAUUAUGCUCAUACAGCGUAGCCAUUGCCCUUGUCAAAGUCAUACUUUUCUCCUCUCAUUAGUUCAUGCUCCCCCAAUCCCAGGUGUCUUUGACACCUUUAACUCUCUUCUUUGUCCUGCUGUGGCCACCCCUCAAACUAACCUUACAGCCGAUAGCUUUGUAUGCUACUUGUCAUGGAUCUUACCUGGAGUGGGAGUCCGGCACGCAGAGUUAAAGCACCCUUUGCAAUUCGACACAGGCCGAGGGGACUCGGGACAGAAAUCCCCAAGGCUGUGACACCGUGCACUGGGGAUGAAAUAACCAGUGCUUCCUAAAACGCAGUACAGACAAGGGAUAUCCAGAAGAGUAGUCAGUAUCAGAAUCAGAAGUCAGGUCAGGCGGCAAUCAGACGAGCAGGGGAUCAAAACCAGGAGUCAGAUGAAUAGCAGUGAAACCAAACAGGAAACACAAUCUGACCACGAGAACCAGCCUUGCGGGGUUUAAAUAGGGAGACUCAGCCAAUCAUCAAGGAACCAGGAACAGGUGUGCAAAUUCCAGACCUACAGGCUCAGAUUACAGGAACCCAGGAGCAACCAGAAACACACAGAUGCGUGGAGCCCAAUGUAAGCAUACUGACUGGGAUGCAGGAAACUCAGUUUUGAUCCCAGCCAGACCCAAAUACACAAUAUUGUGUAAAGCACAAUGGUGAUCCUGACACUACUUUACCAACAAGAUUGAACAGCUAAGGAAAGAAUUCUCCCCACCUUGCCUUUCUUUCGUAACCACACAUAGAUCAUGCCUUUCCUACCCUUCAGACUUUACCCCUGAAGCUACUGAAGAGGUGGCUGCACUUCUCUUUUCCUCUUACCCGCUUGUUCCUGUUCCAUCUCUCAUCAGAUCUCUCUCCCUGUGUCUUGUGCCUACCUUAACAAACAUCUUGAACCGCUCGCUCUUCUGGCGUUGUCCCAGCUGACCUUAAACAUGUCACUGUAGUACCUAUCGGGAAAAAAAUAAAUAAAAUCUCUCGACCCAUCCUCCCCCUCUAUCGUCCCAUGUCCCUGCUCCCUUUUUCCUCAAAGCUUCUAGAAAGACUUGUCGUCUUUACUUUUAUGUCUCCCUUCCUCGAUUCCAACACUCUCCUUGAUACUCUUCAAUCUGGCUUCUGCCCCCUCCACUCUAAUCAGACUGCUCUUAUCAAAGUUACGAACGACCUAAUCAUAGCUGAAUUCAAAGGCCACUACUCCAUACUAAUUCUUUUUGACCUCUCUGCUGCCUUUGACACUGUUGAUCAUGCUCUACUUCAAACUCUUCAAUCGCUCGGUCUCUGACUGUGUUCUCUCAUGGUUUUCCUUUUAUCUCUCUUAAUGCUCAUUCAGUGUCUUCUUUUCUAAUGAUCCCUCUUUCCUUUGUCUUGUCUCGGUUGGAUUCCCCCUAGGCUCUGUCCUUGGUCCCCUUCUAUUUUCUCUUUAUACUGCCUCUCUUGGCAAACUUAUUAUCUCAUUUGGAUUCCACUACCACCUGUAUGCUGAUGACACCCAGAUAUCUCUCCUCCCUGGACCUCUCCCCUGCCGUCCUGCAAUGUGUUUCUUCCAUCUCUGACCGGAUGUCCUCCUGCUCUCUCUAAAACGGAGCUCCUUGUAUUUCGUCCUCUUUCGCUCUCCCUUCAAAUAAGUGGUAUCCACAUUAGUCGAUCCUUGCAAGUGCGCAGUCUUGGUGUCAUACUUGAUUCUGGCGUCGCAUCCAGCAUGUUACCAAAUCCUGUAGAUUCCAUCUUAAAAACAAAGCCCGAAUCCGUCCCUUUCUUCAGCAAGAUGCUACAAUGGAGCUUGUCCAUGGUCUAGUAAUUUCCCGCAUGGAUUAUUGUAACCCUCUCCUAAUUGGUCUUCACAAAAACUGUAUUGCCCUGCUACAGUCUGUAACGAAGGCUGCCGCCAGAAAGAUUUUCCUCUAGUCAGUCCUCACACCUCACCCCUCUCAGUCCUUACAUUGAAUUGACUCCUAUAGGAUACAAAGUGCUAACCCAUACCUAUAACUCCUUGACCAAUUCUAGCCCCUCUUGUAUCUCUUCACAGAUCCAUAGGUAUACCCCUUCUGUCUCUCCGUGACCUUCUCCUGUCCACUGCUUGCACCCGUACGGCCAAUUCAUGAUUUUUUUUGCAUGCGGCACCCUUCCUAUGUAAUGGCCUGCUUGCCGCCAUCAGACUCUCCACUAUUCUUCAAUUGUUUAAGAAGUGCCUUAAAACACAUCGCUUUAUGGCCUCCCAGAGUAACCUCUACCUCACAUACCUGUCUCUUGCUCUCUCCUAAAGGGAAGCACACUCUCUCCUACAGCUCUGCGUCACUCCCACCUUAUUUGAUUGCUAUUUCCUGUCCUAUUGUGUUUUACACCCGCCUCCUAUAGACUUAAAGCUCGUUUGAGCAAGGCCCUCUUCAACCAAUCAUUCCUGUAAGUUUUCUUGUAAUUGUCCUAUUUAUAGUUAAAAUGGUGUAGUAUAGUUAAAUACAAAAUAGGGCACCACUAUCACAUGUGUGGAUAUAGUUACUACUCUGAUGGUAGAGGAUAACAACAUGUAACGAAAAACAGAUAUAAACGCAUUUGCAUCCCUCUUAUAAUAUAGUAAAGCGCUGCGGAAUCUGGCGCUAAAUAUUAGUUUGACUUUUUUAUUUAAUUUUUUUUUUUUUUUUUUUAUGCCUUGUUUUCGUGUGUCUACAGUUUGUGGGAUUAAGGGAUAUUUGUUUUUCAGAGGGUGGUGUAAAUUACCUGGCCCAGUGGAAAUUUUUUAUUUUUUUUUAUUUCCUUUCUUUAAGAUUAAGAAAAAUAAAUGCACAAGAAUGUCUGUCUAAAUUAAGGUGUCAUUUCAAUUUAUUACACUAAUAUGCAUGCAUAUAUAUUACUUUAGAUCUUUAAGGGAAAAACUAGUAAAGCUACAAAUGACAGUCAUUACUGUUUUUUACAUAUAUUUUAAUUUUUAUUUUUUAUUUUUUUUUAUGCGGCGUAAAAUGGUUCAGUUACUACAAAUAGCCUGUGCGUGACUGGCCGUUCUUGUUGCUGGAAUUGGAACGGACUGACUUUCUGGGAAUCGAUCCAAUUCUGAUGGCAAGCGUUUCAUGACGUCUUCAAAAAGUGUCUGUGCAUAAACUUUUUCGCUGUAUUGAAGAUUGAUCCCAAGCGUAACAAACACUUUAAUGAAAUGAUAAAACUGAUCUUGUCACAUUUUGGUGUCUCGACUUCUUGGUAGAUGGCUCCUUUAAUACUUGUGGGAAUUGGUGGGUAUCUACUAAAUGGCUGCAAGAUGCAGCCCCGACAAGAAUCUGAUCGGAAUUUCAUAUUCCUAAUGAAAUUCGUCAUUUUGUUCAGCAUUUCACUCAACACAAAUGGACAAACUGUGUGGGCAUUCAAUUAGCAUGAAAUUCGGUGAACCUGCCGGAGCCAUGUCUAUAUGAUAGAACGUUUGAGAAUAGUGAAAGGAGGCCUCACAAGAACACGUAGGAGGGUUAUUGUUAUGAUUAUCGCCCAACAUCUUCAACCAGUCCUAGUGGAUGUGGGCUGGGACACACUCUGUUGUCCAUUUAAUAGCCCCCUAUAGAAUGUUUAGUAGACAUGCCCCUACUUGUGACACAGCGCGUAUGAGCAGGAGGGAAAAUUUAACCACUCUUUUGCUAAGAUGGAGGUCUCAUUGUCCCCCAUAGAAUGAGGGUUAUUGGGGGGGGGGAAAUUAAGGAAGUGACUGGGAGCACAACUCCCUCCCUUGUAGUAAAUUCAGUGUUUAUUUGUUCCUUGAAAUUUCUAUUCGUUGAGUUGUCUUUCUGGGCAGAGGGGAGGGCGAAUGCCCAAAUGUACAACUGUGUGGGCAGAUUUGUCUGGCAGGGCUUUUAUCUGGGAACACUAAGAUGUGACACCUAGAUAAUAGAUCUGGAGAAAUAAUAGAGGUGUAAAAAAAAAAAAGGGAAAUUGGGUAACUAGCGGCAUUUGGGGGCAAUCAAAUGUGGUAGGGUAAAAAAAAAAAAUGUGGCCAUGAUGGUGCCGCUUUAAUAAUUAGAUAUAGAUGUAUAUCUAUAAUGACGACAAUGUUUACUUAAUUUAAGUCCCAAGGCAUGUUAUACUACUAGCAGCAGAAGUGUAGGAGGACACUGAAGAAGGUGGGUAAAAACCGCAUGGAGUUUCUGACUUGAUUGAAUGUAACAUGUUUAAUUGCAUGUAGGAUGCAGAUGAUGAUGCAGAAUUUUGGAAAUGUUUGAGGUUAGUCAGGGUGCAGGUAUGAGUCUGGCGAAAGCAAGAAUGUUAAGUUUACAAAUGUUUCGUACAGUAUGUCCAAUCCAGAGUGUUGCAAGGUGCACUAUGCGCCUUGAGGGUUAGGUUGGGUUUGGAAAGUCCACACGAUGAAGGUUAAAUGUACAUUUUUGUUGCAAAGUUCUACAUGUGGAGCAAUCGCCAUGGAAACCAAAGGAAUGUGCACGUUGACUAAAUUACUUUUAAAAUUUUACUCUACACUUACUCUUCAAAAAUGACACCAUUUGUCAUCAAAAACAAUUUUUUUUUUUUUCAGAAGAUUAGAGGCAGUGCUUUACAACUGGGAUUUCAUCACCUGUAGGAAAAAAAACAGGCAGGCAAUCUCACAAACUUUUCAAGAACCUCCCCCAAUUAACCUUUGGACUUACAAAUUGCUUCCUGCCCAAGACAUCCCCAGAAAUUACAAAAGCCGAAUAACCAUUCCACUCAGACUAUGAACAAAUUGGGGGGUGGGAGGGUUAAGUGAGCACUGCCUCUAAUCUUCUGGAAAAAAUUUAGAGGCAGUGCUUUUACAACUGGGAUAUCCAAAAGCAAUCCCUUACGCGGGACUCAAAUCUCACUGCAAAAAACCUGCGACCAAAGUUGUAUCUUCCAAGAUCAACAGACCAAACUGAGUGAAGAGAUCACCUUGUGGCUGUUAGGAAAUCAAGAGAAUGUAUAGCAGAAGCCCUCAGUCACCCGAUCUGAACAUAACUGAUCGAAGGAGCUUCAAUGGAAAUAGGUGUAAAAUAAGAAAAAAAACCAAACAAAUGCAAACCUUUAAGGUAAGUAGACAAGAACUAAAUGCCCAGGCAGUGGAAUUAGAAUUCCUAGACCCUAGAAUGCUGUUGGGAAAAGUUUGAAAAAUUGAAGAAUUAAAGAAUCCAAUUUAACUCCACUUUCUACUGCUGAAAAUGGAAACUUAAGUUGUUCCCAAAAAUAUUUUGGGCGACUACCCCCAAAGACCUAGAGUGAAGACUCAAAUCAGCAGAGUAAAAAACCCCAAAAGAAGAUCCCCCUGCGGAAAGUAUUCCCUGAAGAUCGGCACUAACCACGAAAGAGCCUAGCCGAUACUGGUGAUUUGGAGACAAACCUCUGAAAAUCAACUGAUGAUCGAAAUUUGACCUUGAGGAUAUCUGGCUUUAAACCAUCCGCAAAGCCCAUCCGAAGAAAGAGGUUAAAACUUGGAAGCUGAUGCCUGCUUUUCUAUGAACCAAUAUCUUAAACACCUUCCAUACUUGGAAUAAAUCUUGGAACAAGAUCCAUUUAUAGUAAAAAAAUUGUCAAUUUCCUGAGACAAAACAUUAUCCUUCAGUAUCUGGUAUACAUAAACCAGGUAGUCAGCUUGAAUUACAACAAAUUUGAGAAGCGGUAUCCUUGAGAAUUCCAGGAUGCCUAUUUACAGGUAAGGUCCCCAAAGAUUCUUCCAGAUAAUUUUUGAUGAACAGUGAAACCGCUACUUGCCACCAAGGGAGGAAGACUAUAUCAUUCUCACCUUUUCCAUCCUAUCGGAUCUUGGGGAAUAGGGAACCUGGUGGAAACUAUAGGUUAGACUAGAAACCAAAGCUUACUGGUCUGUCCAAUGAAACACUUCAUGCUAUCUGUCCGAUCUAGAAGUCCCAUAACUGGAUAUAUAUCAAAUUCUUACUAUAGUUUGGUUCAUACACCCUGAUCUUCACCCAAUCUGCUUUGUAUAAAAUGUUGACUACUCAAUGCUACAACAAAACAGAGGAAUAUUAAGUUCUAUGCAUAAGUGAAUAGACCUAAGAAAAACUAAUCCAAGCAUAUCCUGGAACAAGAUGACCUUGUUUGUACAUAAUUGCUACCGAUGUAGAAUUAUCUGGAUAAGAUAAUACCUGGUCUUUAUCUGAAAGGCAAAGCCAGAUAGCCUUCGGUCUUAUGUAAUUGGAUACGUUUUUUUUUUUUUUUAAUUUAUUUUUUUAUUAACAAAACACAAAACAAAAACAAAAUUCUCAGCUAAUUUCCCUUCAACCCUAUGGGAACCUAGCUGAGACCUGAAGCAUCAGUUGUAAAAUUAACGAUCGAUUUGAGAACUAGAACAAAAAGUAAGAACCAUCUGGCAUCCUUCAUUCCUGCCUGGUUCAGAAAGAAAUGACCGUAUCUGAUUUUUACUGCAAAAUCUUAUCAGCAACUGUAUCUGGCCACUGAAGGACCUGUAAACAGUGCAAUGCCUAAAGAAGCUGAAGAGACCAAGCAGGUUCUUACAAGAUGGGAACCAAUAUUAUUUCCCUAGUAUCUUGUCUACUGAAGUAGAAGAGAUUUCAGGUGAUAAGGACAGAGAGAACCAAUUUUUUUUUAAAUUUUUUAUUUUUUUUUAUUUCAGGGAAUUGCCUUUCUCUGAGGGUCAAAAACCCUUGUCAAAAUAUUUACACCUGAACUGUUCCUUGACAAACACCAGAACUGCACACUUCUUGAAAAGGGAAUUCGUUAUCAGAAGAUUGAUUAGCAUCCACCUGUAUGCUGUAGAAACACCCUAACCUUUAGGGGCUGGUGUACAAAAAAUUAAUUAGGUGCCCCUGAGGAAGUCGUAUUGUAGAGGUUUAACAAAUUUAUGGAUGGCAACAUUUUGCAUAGUGAGAGAAUCUCAAGUGGCAAUUGCCAUAAGCUUUUAUCUUAAAAGCAAACGGCAAACAAACCUAGGCAGUAAACCAUCCGUCAUACCGUAUCUAUGGCAGGGAACAAAUUGAACCUGGUGGAACUACACCUUGAUCAAUAGGCUUGCAGCUGUACUAGAACUUGCUUCAAGCCCAGUAACAUGAGGAAGAAAAUUUUCCAUGGAGACUAGUUCAUACAGGUUACCAUCUUUAUUGGCGGAAGCGAGACUGAUUACAUAGAUAUACAGUCUGCAUAAGACAAUACCCAUGAUCCAGGCCUUCCUUAGCCGUAAUUGGGAAGCAGAGGCUAGAGCAGAAAGAAUAUUUGCAAACUGCAUUUCAAAACCUCUUUGCAGACUCUGCAGGAAUCAAUAGUAGAAGUAAUUCUUUAAAAUUGCAAUACCAACCAACAGCCUUACCUGCUAUAGGCUUUCCUUAGCCAUAUUUGGGAAACAGAGGCUAGAACAGACAGAAUAUCUGCAACUGCAUUUCAAAACCUGUUUUAUGCAAACUCUGCAGGAAACAAUAUUAGGAAGCAUUUUCUUUAAAAUUUCCAUUCCAACAGUCAGCUCAAACCUGUCUUUGUAACUAACAACAUAGGACUUUGGAAUUUAAGAUAAAACCUAAAAUGUGCAACCAUGGAGUGAAGCACAGGAAAAGUUCUGCUCCAGCUGAAAAACAGACUGCCUUUUUAGAAACUGAUAUCAGGUGAAACUAGUUGAGGUGGUGAGAAUGCUAAUUGCAACAGAGCUUUGUCUACAGCGAUUGCUAAAAGCCUACUGCAUGCUUUUUUUUUUUUUUUUUCAAUUUGACAAUUUUUAUUUGUCUUUCAUAGGAUGAUGGGGUACAGAAGGAAAAGUGGGAUGGGGUAAACAUUAAUACAUGCAUAAUAAAAUGAUACAGAGGAGGUGUUGUAACAUUGAUUGUUCAUUUGACACACUAGGCAUAUUUAGGUGUUUUUCUGUUGUACGUCUUACACAGUUGGUUGCUUAGUGGUCUUUGUCUAGGAACAUUCCUGUCUAGUGGUGGAGGACCCACUCCAUUAUGUUUCGGUGUCCGCUCUCAUUAUACUAGGGGGUGUAUAGUUUGAUUAUCGAGCAAGGGGAUCAUUGUGUCAGAUGUGACUCGAGCGUUGCAAUUAGAUUAGGACAGUUUCACCUUAUAGCGUGAGAAUCUUCUCCCCUAAAUUUGUUGUGUUUUUUUUUUUUCAGGUUUGUAUUGUUUAUGCAUACAAUAUAGCGGGGGGUACAGAAAAGAAGGGGAGGGUGAGCGGUUAGGGUACAUUAGUCAUCUUCAUAUUUAUACAUGUUAGACAGUCCUAACGAGCUUGGUCUUAUAUGGGUGGAGUUUUGUUACUAGUGGGGUGGGUCGGGGUCCAGCCAUUCGACCUGUGGUAUUCUAUCCUAUCUUGCGUUCCCUGUGGCUAGUAGUUGUCGCCUCAGUUGGGGGGGGAGGUUGGGAGAGGUGGGUAUGGAGAGGGGGUGAGGAGGGUGUGUGGACCCGGCACCAUACACGUAUUGCUCUUGUUUCUUUGUCAUGCUUCAUUUGUUAUUUGCAGCGUGGUGCUUGGGUCUUUACCCCUCGAACUAUGUACAUUGUGGGUUCAUAUUCCGCGACGUCUUAGCGCUAGUGUAUUGUUUGGGCAAUUCCCAGAUAUCUCGGUCUUUUGUGGGGGUCUUCUGCUCUAGACCUCUAUUCUAGUGGUCGACCUGCUCGUCUUGCACUCUCCGUCAGGUGUAUCUAAGUCCAGCCUCUUUUUUUUAUUUUUUUUUUAUUUUUAUUAAUCUUAUCUAUAUCCCCUCCCCAGUUUGUGUUAUGUAGGUUUCCCACUCAUCUUUGGCUUGUAUGAUAUGUUUUGCUGGGUGGAACUGCUGACUAGUCCCUAUUUCGUAGGUCAGGUUGAGUGACGUCUGUUCUAUCAGGUCAGACCUAGUGGGUGUCUGUGUCUGUUUCCAUCUCCUGGCUAACAGGAGGUUUGCUGCUGUCAAGAUGUGAAAUAAUAGGCUUGCUUGUGGUUUUGGGUGGGAGUCCAGUGUUAUGAAUAGUAAGGCACAUUCUGGUCUUAGCUUAGUAUCGACUCUCAACGCUCCCUUAACUGUUGCCUCCACCAUAUUCCAGUAUUCCUUGAGCCUUGGGCAGGUCCACCAAAUGUGGUACAUUGUGCCCUCUCCUGCUAAGCAUCUCCAGCAUAAUUUGGAGGAGUUAGGGUAAAUGGUCGCCAGUCUCGUUGGCACCAGGUACCAUCUGUAUUGUAUCUUGCGCAUGAGCUCUAAGUGCGAUGCACAUCUGGAUCUGCCUUUGUGGGCCGUAAAAGCCAGGGUCCAUUGGUCAUCUGGGAAUAUUGUACCUAUGUCUCUGUGCCAUGCGUCUCUAAAAUUGUCUGUCUGUAAUUGUUGGUUGGAGUCACUGAGCAGAGUAUAUAGUAGCGAAAGUGGUUUCUUAGGCAUGGUCAUCGAUAUGCACGCUCGAUCUACACUCUGUGUAUGUUGCGGGAUGUUUAGGGAGGUGUCGUGUGUUAAUAUUCCCUUUAGUUGCAGGUAAGAAAAUAUCAUUCUUUGUGGAAGGUCGUACUCUACUUGUAGGUCUGGGAAGUGUCUCAGUUGUCCCUGCCUGUACAGGUGUUGAACUAGGGUACAUCCUUUUGUCAGCCACGUACGGUGGUCAAAAGCAGGGUAUGCUAAAUGUAUGCUAUAUAUGGGAGUGGCCAGCGCCCAGUCGGUGUUAUAUCCGAGCUUUGGCUUAGAUUUAUCCCAGGUUUUCAAUAGGAUAUCAGUGGUGGCUGGUAUUUCUGGGAGCGGUGGGUGUAGCCUGUGUGGUACCCAGAGGAGGUAUUUAAGACCUUUGGGACAGGUCCAGGUUGAUUCCAUUUCUAUCCAUUGUGGUGGGUUUUGGGCAGUGUGUGCUUGUAGGGCUGUGGUCAUUAGUGCUGCUCUGUAGUACCUCUGUAGCUCUGGCAUUCCCAACCCUCCCUGAGCUAGGGUUCUAGUGAGAAUCUUCGUGGCUACACGUAUUUUUUUGUGUGCCCAGACGAAGUUAGUGAUGGUGUUUUGCAGCCGUCUCAAGUAUGUGUUUGGUAGGGGGAUCUGUAGAGUUCUAAUUAAGUAUUGAAAUUUUGGUAUGAGCAUAAUCUUCACUGCCGCCAGUCUCCCCACCCAUGACAUGUAUUUGUCUUCCCAUUUCUUCAGUGUGUCGCCUAUUUCCCCCUGUAGUUUGCCAUAGUUAAGGUCCAACAGACCUUGUGGGGUCAUUGGAAUCCGUAGACCCAGAAACGUGAGGUGGUCCUCUCUCCAGUCUAAUGGGAAUGAGAGUUUUAGGUGUUCUAUGGUGUGAUGUGGUAUCCCUAUCCCCAUAGCUUGGGUUUUCAUGACAUUUAAUUUGUAGUAUGAUUGCUCCCCAUAUCUUUCUAUUUCCUGUAGGAGGUUUGGUAGUGAUAUGUGUGGUUGUGUAAGUGUGAGGAGUAUGUCAUCAGCGAACAAAUUUGUUUUGUAUUCUCUAGCUCCUAUCUCCAAACCGUGGAUCGCAGUGUUUUCCCGUAUUUUGAUCGCCAGCGGCUCCAGCGCUAGGACAUAUAACAGGGGGGACAAGGGGCAACCCUGCCUCGUGCCAUUCGUGAGUUGGAACGGUUCGGACAGAAAUCCUGCGUUGAUUACUCUUGCUGAGGGCUUGCUAUAUAGGGCCUGUACCACCGACACAAACCCUAAGGGGAUCUCGAACUUGUGCAGCACUGCUCUAAGAAACCCCCAGUGAAGGCGGUCAAAGGCUUUUUCGGCGUCGAGGGAGACCAUCAGUCCCCCCCCGUCGCUGAUUUUUCAGGUGGUGGAGGAUGUUAAUAACCUUCCUGGUAUUGUCUGCCCCCUGUCUUCCCUUGAUGAAGCCCACUUGGUCAUUGUGGAUUAUGUGUGGUAGUAUUUUUCCCAACCUGUUUGCGUACAGUUUGGCGAAUAACUUCGCAUCUGUAUUGAGGAGGGAGAUGGGUCGAAAGUUUUGCGGAAUUGUCGGGGCCUUGUUCGGUUUAGGGAGUGUGACGAUGUGGGCGGCCAGUGUUUCUCUAGGGAGUUCGCCCUUGCGGGCUGCCUCCUUAAACAUUCUGGCUAGGUAGGGCGCCAGUAUUAUGCUAAAUUGCUUAUAGUACUGGUUGUCAAACCCAUCUGGUCCUGGGGAUUUACCCGAUGGGAGGCUUUUAAUUAAGUCCCUAAUCUCCUGGAUUUCUAUCGGUUCAGUAAGGGCCGACUGUUGUUGGGGUGUGAGCUUGGGUAAUUUUACCCCGUCAAGAUAUUCCGCAAUACCAAGUUGUGUUGGGUGUUUUGUUUGCGCGUCUUCCUGAAUGUUGUAUAGUGAUGAGUAGUACUUUGCAAAUACUUCGCUUAUUCCCUUAGGGGUGGAGAUUUUAGUGCCUGUUUCGUCUGUGAGGUAAGAUAUUUUCUGAGCCGCCUGUCUUGUUUUUAGCCGCUGUGCCAGUAGUCUGCUUGCUUUGUUACCCUGUACGUAAUGGGUUAGUUUGAGCCUUUGCAUAUUGGAGGUCACUGUGGCUAACGCCUGCUGGUGUAUGAGUUUCGUGAUCUGGGCUAUCUUAGCUUUCGUCUCUGUAGACGGGGUGUGUUGGUUUAGUCUGUUCAUCUCAUACAGUUCUGCUUGCCAUGUCCUAAGUUGUGUUUGGCGUGUCUUUUUUAUGUAUGUCGCCCUACGUAUUAAUAGGCCUCGAGCUACUGCCUUGUGGGCGAGCCACAGAGUGGCGUCUGUGGUAUCAUUUGUGUCAUUUUUCUGGAAAUAUGUUUGAAGGCUCCCCUUCAGGGAGUCUACAAAUUCAUCAUCCCUCAGUAGGGAGUUAUUUAUUUUCCACGGCUGCGAUGUUUAAAAUCGUAAUUAUUUUUGAGCUCUAUGGUUACUGGUGCGUGAUCUGACCAUGUGAUUUGCUGUAUGUCACUAUGAAGGAGUUGGUCUAACGCUGACCCUGAGAUUAAAAAGCCGUCUAUUUUAGAGUAGGAAUUAUGUACCGCUGAGUAGUGGGUGUAUGCCCUUUCUAUCGGGUGAGUGGUUCUCCACGCAUCAUAUAGAUGGUCAUGCAGGAGUUUCGCUAUGGCUCUACAUUGUCUCUUGAGGGGGCGAUGGUGUUUCCUGUGUGGUGGGAGAGUUGUGUCUAGUUGUGGGUCUAUUAUGUGAUUAAAGUCUCCCCCUAUUACUGUAAUACCCUUUUGGAUUUGGUCUAUUUUGGUCAAGAUUUUAUGCAAGAAAUUCCUCUGGUUUGUAUUCGGGGAGUAUAUGUUGGCGACGGUAUAUAACAUGUCAUUAAACAGCCCCGUGAGUAUAAUGUAGCGGCCAUUCGGGUCUAUGUCAGCUUAGUGUAGUGCAAAUGAGACGGUUUUGUGUAUUAGGAUGGAUGCUCCCUUUGCUUUCGUGGGUGAUGUGGCGUGGAAUUGAUGUGGGAAAUCGGCGGUAAGAAUAGGUGGGUGGUCGUUGUGCUUAAAGUGGGUUUCCUGGAGGCACAGUAUAUCUGCCCCUAGGGCUCUAGCCUACCUGAAAAGAAGGUGUCUUUUAACUGGUGCGUUGAGGCCCCUGACAUUAAGAGAGCAGAUCUUCACGGUGGUUUAUGGUAAUGGUGCUUAUGAAUUCUCGCGCUGCAAUCUAUAUUUUGAGGGGUCCCUGCUCUCCCUAGCUUUGUCGAGCUGAGCAGUGUGGCUCCCCGUGUGAUGGGCAUUGUCCCUAUUGGGCUUGUAGAACAGUCUGGGACCUUGGUCUUGUCUGUUGUUGGUCUCCCUAGUAUUCGCGUGGCGGUUUGUGAUGGGUUACCCACUAACCCUAUCUUUUGUUUGUUGGUAAAACCCCAAGCUUGUGGGGUAUAAACAUUGCAUAUAACAACAUACAAUAAAACAAUAACAUUAACAAAAGUAUUUACAUGAACAUACGUAUCCCUUGUUAGUGCCGGUAGGUCGGCUAGGCACUGCCUGGUCGUGCCUUGGGGGAAGAGGUUCAUUACCUCUUGUCCAAUGGGAGUUGUCUCCCUCUGCGGCUAUUUCUGUUUUUCACGUUGGGAGGUCCCAACUGUAAACUAUAGCCUAGGAAAAUGAAACUGGUUGUGUGUACCAACAUGUUGCUUGUGUUGUUAAGUUUUUUUUUUUUUGUUUUUUUGUUUGUGUUUUCCUGAGUUAAUAGCAUUAUUUUGGCCCAGUUCCCCUGUGUCUAUUUUAGAUAUGUUAAGAGAAUGCGUGUGGGUGUCUCUACGACUGAUCACCUCUUAGUUGGCAGGUAAGUUAUGCUGACGUGGUUCGGCCCUUUAGUCUGGGUGGGGGCUAAUAGGCUAUGUUUCUCAAUUCUUUUGGUCCCUCUGUUCUAUAGUAUAGAUUCCCCCACCUGUCCCCUUGCUCAGUCUGGAGCAUUUAAGUUACCCUAUGGGUGUGAUGCGGUGUCGUACAUUACCCUGCCUCUCGGUAGGUAGUCUUGGGCUCUUAAGGUGCUGUAGAGCACUCCCACCCACAGUCUCUGUCUUUUAUCUCUUUUUCGCCUUCUUCCAGUCUUGUGAGGCCUUGGCUCGGUUUCUCCCUUGGUCCGUCGGUGGAGUGAUUUCUAUGUUCCAAUCCUGCAUGAUUCGCUGGCCGUCCUCCGGGGAUCCGAUGAUAGUGGUCUUCCCCUCUCUCAACACCAGGAGCUUGGUGGGGUAACCCCAUCUGUAUGGGAUGUGGUUGUCUCUGAGCUGUGUAGUGAUGUCUCGGAAGUCCCUCCUUCUCUUUAGGGUGAAUGAGGAGAUGUCCGCAUAUAUGGUCACCCCUCUGUAGGCCCGUAGGCCAGUCUUUCUGUCGCCUGCUGGCGUUAAGUAUUGCUUCUUUAGCGUGAUAAUAGUGCAUUCGUAGCAGGAUGUCUCUUGGAGUGUCUGCUGGUAGGAAUUUUGGUUUGGCGGUUCUGUGGAUUCUGUCUAACAGGAACAAGUCCUGUGGCAGGUCUGGAGCCAGUUCCUUCAGCAGGCCUGUAAUGUGGGCGGUGAGGUCUUCUGUUUUUACCUCUUCCGUGACUCCCCUUACUCGCAAGUUGUUGCGGCGUGCCCGGUCCUCCAUAUCCGCAAUCUUGAGGUCCUGGUUAUCCAGUCUUGUUACCAGCCCCUCUACCGUGUCUGCUAGGGAGUUAUGGGCCUCUGCCAUCUCUGAGAGUUGGUCCUCUGUAUGUGAAGUACGUUGGCCUAUAUCUUGAAGUUCCCUUCUGAGAUCUUUGAUAACGCUGUCCAUUUUCCCCACAAUCUUAUCUGACAUUUCCUCCAGCAGUUUUUUCAGAGUGCUGUGGGUCAGUGGGCUGUCAUUUUCAUUUUCACCAGCCUGGGUCUCUGUUUCCAGUUCCCCUCCAGCGCCAUCUUGUGAGUGCUCUGCCUGGAUUGAGGCCUUCCCCUGCCCUGCUCUGGAGGCAAAGAAGCUACUCCUAUCUCCCCUCUCGCCGGUCCUCUUACUUUUUGGCUGGGACAUUGUGGCGGCGGGUGGCAUCAGGGUCCGAUCCGAGGCUAUAUUAUGCUAUUUAUGGCUCCUUUUUAGCCGUCGCGGCACGGAGCUCGAGCUACAUGCGGCUGCUCCGGUCCGCGUCCAGGACACGCCCCCAGCCUACUGCAUGUUUUAAGAAAAGAAUCACUGCGGCUAGGAUACUGGCAUUUAAAGAAUCCAUCUGCUACAACAAUAUAUUAACUUAACCAAAACCAGAUUUUAAAUAUCAGCCUCCUAAGGAUAACAUACAGAGGAUAAUCCUCCAAUAGUCAUACGGUCUUGCUCUUGUGAAUAUAUUCCACCAAACGCUUCACUUUAAUUGCUGACCCUGUUGCAGCAAUUGGUGAUUAUUGAAACCCAUAUUAACUAAUCACUGUGUAGCAGCUAUUUUGAGCCAGAAAGGAACCUUAAAUUUUCCAAAUAGAAUUAUAUAAAAGUAUAUUCUUAUCUAAUACCCUUUAUAGGCUUUACUCAAAGAAUAAUCUGUUUUGGGCCCGAUCUACUAAGUGCUUACCCUUUCAAAGCACUUUGUUUUAAUAUUUUAGUAAUGUUUAAGUGAUGAGAAGCUAAAAACUCUCCAACUUAGAAACAUUUGCGCUUUUUUAGCUUAUCCAUCUUGCAGCACAGAUAAUUAACAGUCAUUUAAGAUAAAGCAAAAAGGCUUACCUUAAAUGUCCUCAGAGUGUGUUGGAGGUUGAUGAGAACACACUUGCAACAGAUUCUGAGUGCACCUGGCAACAGUUAGUUGUUGCUGGGUAAACAGCCUCUCUAAGUCCUGGAAACCAACAUCUUGACCCCGGAGAGAAAAAAUGAUAAAGAUAUUGGCGCCUGAAUUUUAAAUUGCAUUACGCAUAUCCUGCAUUUCACGAUUCCACAGUGGAAAUAAACAUAACCUGUACAAGUGUUCCACUGCCAGGACUUCCCAGCUAGUGCCCAGAUGCGCACCAUCGUCUGCCCGGCACCUGGCUCUGUAUAGACCGAAGUAAUACAACCUGGGGAGAUACAGCCGUCUGGUGUGUUAUCCCUGGCUGAUCUCUGAAAAAUGUAUUUAAAAGAAGUAGAGCCUCCAGAGCCUCAGCCCUCUCACAAUACUUCUAGGGAGAAAACCUGAACCUGACCCCCUCUUCAAAGAACUGGGGAUGUCUUGGGUAGAAAGCAAUUUAUAAGGCCAAAGUUUAAUUGGGGGAGGUUCUUGAAAAGUUUGGGGGAUUGCCUGCCUCCUGUUUUUUCCCUCCAGGUGAUGAAAUCCCAGUUGUAAAGCUCUGCCUCUAAUCUGAAGGGAAAAAUAUAUACAAAAUGGUUUUUUUUUUUUUUUAUUUUUUUUUAUUUUUUUUUUUACUCCUCUUGCCUUGCGCUAUGACUCCUUGUUCUUCCUCCUUCACUCCUCUUUGGUACAAUAAUUCAUCCUCCUCUUUCUCCUAGUCCCAAUCCUACGGAGGAGCUCUGUCAUGUGUUCCUGUAAUCACCUCUUUAGCUAUGUGCAUUGGUUAAAGGAACUCCAAGCACCAUAAUCACUACAGCUGGGGUAUCUUGGUGCACGCUUCAUGUUGCCUUACAAACAACUAACAUUUUAUGUAACAAUAGCAUUGUGACUGUGACUGCAAAUGUAAUAUACAGGAGCAUAUACGAAAACUGACAUACUGUGUGCAAAAAGUUUUAUAAAAUGACAUAAUCAAAGUGGUAAUCUUGUAUUCUUGUAUUUGGAGCAGUGUCGUUGCUAAAGAAUGCCUUUUGGGUGGGUAGGUAAACACCAGAGAUUCUAGAUGUCUGAGCCCAACCGUGCUUUUAAAUACCUUCCGAUGACCUACUGUUUUUCUACAUUUUGAAUGAUGUAGACAGUAGAGUUGAGCGAACACCUGGAUGUUCGGGUUCGGCCGAACUUUGAUUAAAAAAAAAAAAAAAGUCCGGGUUCAUGAUCGAACUUGACCCCGAACCUCAUUGAAGUCAAUUGGGACCCGAACCUUUGGCUACAAAAAUGCCUCUAAAGUCCUGGAAAGGGCUAGAGUGCUGCAAAAGGAAGUAAAAUGGGGGUAAGAGUAGGACAAGUGCUCUGCAAACAAAUGUGGAUAGGGAAAUCACAGGAGGCAAAGAGAAUGCCCUGCAAUCCUAGGUGGCGGAAGGACAUGCGCCAAACUGCUAUCUGCCUCAGGCCCAGCCGCCACUACAUUUGCCCAGUGUGCAGUUAGGGAGAUAUAGCGUCCCUGCCCGUGCUUACUGGUCUACGUAUCUGUGGUUAUGUGGACCUUGCCACAGAUGGAGUUGCGCAGUGCACACCUGAUUUUGUCCGCCAAUUGGUUGUGCAGGGAAGGGAUGGCUCGCCUGGAAAAGUAGUGGCGGCUGGGAACCACGUACUGUGGGACAGCCGCCAUCAGGUUUUUAAAACGGUCAGUCUCCACCAGACGGAAUGACAGCAUUUUGAAAUGCUGGCAUUCAGGGCCAGGGAUCGCGGGUGGGUAGGGGCGUACUUCCUCUUUCUCUCCAGUGUUUGGGAGAUGGACAGCUGAAUGCUUCUAUGGGACAGUGUUGAGAUGCUUGGGGAUGGUGGCGCAUGUGGUGGCGUUGCUGCCACAUCCUCUGUUUGCAGGGUGGCAGGUGCCACUGUCACUCGAGAGGUGGAGGAAGAGGCAGAGACAGCAGCAAAAGAGGAAGCAGGAGGAGCCUGCACCCUGCUCCCUCUUAUGCUGUGCUGGUGCCUCUGUGCGACCACCGCCUCUUCCUCCAAACUGCACACGUCACUCUCAUGACCUUCAUUCCAUGUGUGGUCUAGGACCUCAUCAUCCUCCACAUCAUCUUCCACCCACUUCACAACCCUGCCCUCCUUGCCGGUCUGCACACUGCAGAAAGCCACAGUAGUUGGCACCUGUGUUUCGUCAUCAUCCGAGACGUGCUGCGGUGGUCCUUGCUUGUCCACAUCCUGACACAUAAGUGGUUGUGCAUCAGUGCACUCAAGCUCUUCCACUUCUGGGGCAGGGCUAGGUGGAUGGCCCACGGAAACCCCGCCAGCAGAGUCAUCAAAAAGCAUAAGAGACUGCUGCAUGAUUUAUGGCUCAGACUCCUUUGCUGAUUUGCAAGGGGGUGAGGUGAAAGACAGAUGGCCAUGGGCUGCAGGUGCCAACUCUGAGCUUUCAGCAUGGGGCCGGGUGGGAGACAAUGUGCAGGAACUGGAGGCACUGUCAGCCAUCCAAUCUACUAUCGCCUGUACUUGUUCUGGCCUCACCAUUCGUAGAGCGGCAUUCGGGCCUACCAAAUAACGCUGAAGGUUCUGUCGCCUACUCGCACCUGAGGAACGUGUUUCACUUGUGCGUGUAGCUGGCACAGAUCAACCACGUCCUCUCCUUGCAACAGGAGCUCCACCAGCAGCACCACGACCAGGGCCACAUCCCUUAUUUGACGCUUUCCUCAUUCUUUUGCGUUCACCGACCAAACUAAUAGAUGGUUUAUGUCAGGCGACAAUAUAACCGCCAAUAGUCCAAAAUUUUUUUUUUUUUAUUUAUUUAUUUUUUAAAUGUUUAUUGGACUGCAAGAAAUGCACCGCAGGCUGCAAAUGUAAUGUUUAGCACCCAGAAAAUAAGAAUGUUUGUUUACAAUUGCGCUGUAAGCGCACUAUUUGACGCUUCUAUUUAACUCUCGGAUAUGAAGUGCACCCCACUAAUGUACUAGUUUGCAGAAUUCUUUCCUAAGCUGUCCCUCACAGCGGCAGCAUCCUCUCCCUACACUAAGACCUCGUGUGUGCGGCGCUACACGACUCCAGCUUAUAUAUAGAGGCUUGGUCACAUGCUGCACUGACUAAUCACAGCCAUGCCAUAAGUAGGCAUGGCUGUGAUGGCUUCUAAGGGCACACGAGUCAAAUAUUUGUUGAUUGACUGCCCUGCAGCCUUUGAAAACGCGCCAUUAAAUCUCCGAACAACGAACUCUAACCUGAACAUACAGUGAUAUGUCAGUGUUCGGGUCCUGGGUACAAACUUUACAGUCUGGGUUCGCUCAACUUUAGCAGGCAGUAUUAUAAACUUUAAAUGUUGGCAUAAAGUAUUUUUAUUUUAUCACAGAAUUCUUUUGUAUGAUCACCUGGCGGAGAAACUCUCCAGGAAUGUGACAGUAAAACAUGUAGUGUAUGUGAUGUCAAUCUGUAUCUUUAGGCAUGACUUUGGCUUUAUUCACCUCCUACAAGAGUGGAUCAACAGCUGAGUGAUACCAGCUCAAUGCCUGGCGCUAAGCAUUCAUUUUGACUUAACAGAGAAACACAAAAUCUGAAACGUGUAAUCCAAAGAAAUUAUUAGAACCGGCAAAAGCGCUGUAGCUUCCCUGUGGCUAUUCUCCAGAAAGUCCUUUUAUGCAAAUGGUAUAGUUUCCAAUGGUAAAUUAGACUGAUCGUACCGAUAAACUUGAAUCAGGCCUGAGAUGCUCUCCACAGGUUUGCCUUGCUGUGCCCUUGUCCUCUGUUAUUACAUCUGUCCAAAUCUACAAGCCAUUCACUGGACACCUCUGCUACUCGUGCAAACCUUGAACUUUGUAUGCGAUCACCAGCAGACAAUUGAGUUCCCUGCCUGGUUCAACAUGAAACAUGCAGGAGUAUCUGUAUGCACAUUGGAGGAAUCUUCUUUGUUGCCUACCCAAUCACCGCUAAUGUGUAUCCAAUCUAGAAGACAUUUGGGGCCACUUUAUUUUUUUAUUUUUUUUUAUUUGCUAAAAUAUGCAUGAAUGACAUGGUUUUUAAAGUGUUUAUUUUUAUUAUAUUUUUAACUGAACAUUUUUUGUAAUUUUUUUUUUUUAUCUUCCUGCAGUUACUCAGUGGUAUAUUUUAGGAGUAUGCUUUUGCAAGUGUAAUUUUAAGGAGAUCUGGACUUAAAUCUCCCUUUCCUACUUUGUUAUCCUAUAUAUUAGACCUCCCCACUCUGAUUGUCCCGAGAGGUGCCUUUAGAUGCUAAUGAAGGCCACCGCAGAAAAAGCUAUACCCAAAGUAUGAACACAUUGUUUUGCCCUUCGGUAGUCUGUUUGUGUUGAAAGGAGCUGUCUGUUCACCUGGCCAAACCAGGCUGCUAUUUAAUUAAACAUUCUCUCAAUGGUCCUCCACUUCUAGAGGCUGACACAAAUGCAUUGUCAUUUAUCUUAAUGAUUUAAAGUCUAAAAACAUUAGUAACACUUAAAUCCAGGGGCUAUUUUUGAUUUUUGCUGUUUUGGUUUUUUUUUUUUCCUUGCCUUGGAUCUGAAUCCUACAACAGUGUUUAGUACUAUAAUUACUGCUAACUAUAUUUAUAUUUCACUUUUUAAAGGAACACUAUAGUGCCCUGAGGGUGCUCCCACCGGGCUCUAGGGGGAGGAAGGGGUUAAACUUACCUCUUUCUCCAGUGUCGGGUGGGGAGCUCUCCGCCUCCUCUCCUCCUCUUCGGCUGAAAGCGCAUGCGUGGCAAGAGCCAAGCGCAUUCAGCCAGUCCAUAGGAAAGCAUUCACAAUGCCUUCCUAUGGAUGCAAGCGUCUUCUCACUGUGAAAAUCCCAGUGAGAAGCGCGGAAGCCAUCUAGCGACUAGAGGCUGUAUUAACCCUAUUAUAAACACAGCAGUUUCUCUGAAGUGGGUUGAGCAUGACUCACUAGACUUUUUUAUAUGACCACUUAAGUCGUCCUGGGUGAAGUUAUGGCAAAACCAGGUUUAGGUUCAGACUAAUCUUUAUUUUUGCAAUCGUUUUGGCAAAAACUAUUUGCGUGAGUCAAACUGGCGUGCAAGUUAUAAUAUAAAUAUUGCAUGUAUAGUCAGUACAUUGACAGCACCAUUUUGUUAACAGAUAAAAUCAGAAUAAAUAACCAACAGAGCAUGAGAGGAGAAAUGUAAAAAAAUAAGUUUCUUUGAAAUAUUUCCAUAUUUAUUUAUAUUGGAGGGGGUCCUCUCUAAUGACAAGCACACCCCCACUCAAAGUGAGCAUGCUGGUUUAAUGCACUUUCAGGUUAGCCCAUGUGCAGAGCUCACGUGAGAAAAAUACCACAAGAAAAAAGGUCCAGGAAAGUGUAUUGUGCAUAUGUUUGGAGACUGCUUGUGGGUAGAGUGAGGUGUUUUGUGUAAAUAGGUCAGUUUCAGUUGCGCGUGUGUGCAAAACAAAAACAUAUUUUAUUUCUCCUCCCUCCUUUUCUUUUGCUCAGUGAGGGAGAGGUGUAUUGCUUACAAAUCCUGAUGGUCCUAGUGGUGAGUGAACAUUACAAACUUCUGAAGCUAAAGUUCAAUCUCUCCAUCAGAGCGUUGAAAUGGUAACUGCAGCAAUGCUCCGACCUCGCAAGAAAACCCGGCGGAGCUGCUGGCCUUGUUUUGUGUCAGUUUCAAUUGUCAGUUUUAAGACUUGUGCAUUCGCUUUAAAACUAAUCGCCAUCUAUGCCAAUAAUAGUCUGAAAAGGUAAAUGACUGGCAGAUGCAAACUUUCUAUACAGAGCUGUGAUAAAUGUACGGAACACUGAACAGUCACAGAAAAGAGCAUAAUUUUGUAUAAGCAUAAAUCUGCUUAAAGAGAUCACUUUCUACUUCAGUGCUCAUAAACCAGUCUCUUAGCGUCUUUUUGUUAGGUAUAUGGGAGAGAUUAAGCUAAAUAUUUAAUGAUCAAAUAGGUCUUCACUCUAAAGUUUGUGUCACAGGUAAAAUUGAUAUAGACAUUGUGAUGGCAAAUGUAAAGACUUUGAAAAUCUGGUCCAUCACCUUAACUGUCAAUCAAUUAUCAUAGUGGAGGUACACUUCUUUUUCAUUGUAGUUUUUAUAACUGUCUUUUCAUUGUAAUUUUCUGUAAAAGUGCCCAUUGAGCCAAAUUAGUGGCAAUACUUUAUUCUUAUGUUCCAAGCAAAUUAUCUCCUCAACGGACUUAAAUGUCAACACCGCUAUGUAAUAUUUGAAAUUCUGUAGGAUGUGUAACGGAAGUAUUGUUUUGAAAUAGCCACUUGAUCUGUAUGUAUCUCUACUUUACUCACCAUUCUGUGUAUUUGAACCUCUUCCAUAUGCAUAUUUAUCUACUAUGCAACUAUUAUAUGCAUAAAAAAUUUGUCUAGACCGGAAUUCUUCAUAAUUGGCAUAAAGACAUGACAUUUAAAGGGAAAACACACUUCCUUGCGCCCCUCACUCAGUCCAGCGUUUAUGUAGUUCGCCGCUGGCUCGGCUCCAGCUUUGCUCACGUUAGGGUUUCCAUAUAGGAAAGCUUUAUACAAUGCUUUCCUAUGUGGAUUCGGGUGACACAAAGUAUUAACGCAUAAUGUGAGGACAUCCAGUGGCAGUUAGGCGAAAGUUGCCUAACAGCCCGGAUGUUAUGUCUGUCUGAUCUUAAACUGCAAUAAUUACCCUUGCAGUGUUAAGGGACAAGGGACAUUACACCUAGACCACUUCAACGAGAUGGUCUGGGUGCCUAUAGUGUUGCUUUAAUUAUUCUCUAGAAUUUCACUAUUUGUGUGCACUGUACACUUAUUUACUUCCUUGCUGAAAUAACCCGCACACUUUCCAGCCAAUCUGAGAUUUGCUUAAACACCAUUGCAUCCCUUCCGACAUUUUAAAUGGACAAAGAGGGACACUUUAAUUUUAGAAGUGUGUGUGUGGCUGUUCUGAGAAAUGUUGGGUGACUUACUAAUUAUAUACGACCAAAAUGUAAUUUAGAACAAUGCAUCUUUAAACUGUGUUUUGAGUUCUAGGAGCUCCUAGAAAAGAGGGACAUUGAGGUGUAAAAGAGGGAUUUGGGUCCAAAAACAGGGAUUAUUACAACAAAAUAGGUACACUUGGGAGAUGUCAUUGCCACCGCUUAAAAAUAACCCUUUCAGCAUCAUUAAAGUCUGCUUUACCAUUCAAGGAGCUUAAAGUAGUUUAAUGUGUUUAGGUGUCCCUGUGCCCCCCCAAUGCAGCCACAUAUUGCUAAAAUGGCUGCCAGUACCUCAGGAGUAAACAUAGGCUCAGAUUCCCUUGAUCAUUAUACUGUUGAGAUGCUGAUCUUCUGUCCUGUAAUCUUGGCCGGACCAAACCCAGGAAGUCCCUCUAGUGGCUGACGAAGUGAGUCACCAGAGAUGGUCAUAUGCAGCUGUGUAAACACAGCAUUUUCUCUGAAUUCUAUUCAAAUCACCAACAGUACUUUACAAACCAAAUUUGUUCCAUAAAUUCUCCUAAAUCACAACACUCUGCAAUCGACUUUCUCUUGGCACCAACACUUCUGAUUUUCACUUCUGAAAUUACCUGAGAUCAAGGCAAAUUUUUUUUUUUUUUUUUUAUGAUUACACUAGGUCAUACAUCUCUAACUUAAGUAACUUUGCACACUUUGUUUCUACCCCCCCCAUCCUCUCUCUCCCAGGGUACAGUGGUCUAUCUUGUCACCUCUUUUCCCUUCUGGCACAUCCUCUUUUGUUUCUCCACCUCACUUCCUCUUCUUCAGCUCUUGUUGAGGUUAACCCCUGAUAAGGGGGCACCAUAACCACUUACAGAAAGCUACUGUCUAGACACUUUCUGCCACCUAAUGAUCUCCAAAGUCAGGCAAAAUUUGUACUGAUAAAACAAUGUGAAUGUCUGCUUUAGCAAUAUCUCAGAAGACUGGAAGGAGAAUAAGUGCACAAGGGAACUAGAAAAGUGUCAAACCAUUCAAAAAUGGGUUGACUGCUUACCAUGGGAUUACACCAGGGGAAUUCUGACCUUAUAGUUAUUAGUGCCCUUUAACUGCUGGUUUUAAACUUCCAUGUAAAGUGGAAUGGGGGUGGUAUACUGGAACUAUUUACAUAAUACCAAUUCCUGAUCAGGAGUUGAUGUAGUAGACAUUCAGAGUAGAGUGCAUCACAACCUUUUCUAUCUUGGUCUGCAUGGUUUAUUCCAGUGAAUAGGAAUGCACUGUAAUGCAGAUUGUCUAACACUUAUUUUUCUCUACAUGUAUUUUUGUGUCUUCCCUGCUAUGAAAUUACAGACCAUAACCAACCCCAGUUUACUAAUUUUUCUAAUGUUGCUACCAGUCACAUAAACAAGACUACUUAAGUAUUAAAAUUUUUAUUUUAUUUUUUUGUGGUGGUUUUUGGCUUCCCCUUUACUGGUCAUUCUUCUCAACACCUUGACAUACUAUAAACUCCAAUUUUAGGAAAUUAAAAAAAAAUUGCAUUGCAUGACUAGUUACAAUAUUGUCUCUGGUUUUGUGUCCCCCUUCUACUCCUCCCCUCAAUUUUUAUCUUAGUUUUUUUUUUUUUUAAUUAAAUAACUUUUUUCUUAUUUUGACAGGCUGGUAUUGGGGAAAUAUGAGUGUUGGUGAGGCCAAGGAACGUUUGCAAGAUUCUCCAGAGGGAACAUUUCUUGUUCGUGACAGUUCACACACAGACUACCUUCUCACCAUCUCUGUUAAAACCUCUGCGGGACCAACCAACUUGCGUAUUGAAUAUCGAGAAGGGAAAUUCAGAUUGGACUCUGUCGUCUGUGUGAGGUCCAGGCUGAAGCAGUUUGAUAGUGUUGUUCAUCUUAUUCAGUAUUAUGUUCUGCUGUCCAAGAAUAAGAAGCUUGAAUCGGAAACUCUUCCAAAUAGGACAGUACACCUGUGGCUUGUGAAGCCACUCUACACAUCUACUCCAUCCUUGCAACAUCUCUGCAGAAUGACUGUUAAUCAAUAUACAGCUAAAGUUAACGAAUUACCAUUGCCUACCAGACUGAAAGGUUAUAUUACAGAAUAUCGUUACCAGGUAUAACACUUAUUAAUUGUGACUUCAGCAUGUUAAACAAUUCCUACAAUCUGCUUCCAAACCCAGCCAAACGUUCACUUGGCAAAAUGACUGGUUAAGGUUCUACACCACAGCGUCACUUCAUUUCAAGAGGAUUGUCGGACUUUAUUGAAUUCUACGACCAUCUUCUCACUGUUCAUUAUAUUGAAAUCACAUUGACUAUUAUACUUUGGUUUGUCUGUUAUAUACUGUAUUAGAAAUGUUCACCCCCAUUUCCAGAUGUUGAAUGAUGUGGUUGGAAAAAGUUGGGUUGAAAAGGCCAAAGAUCACCAUGGUGCCAAAGAGUGGUGGGCUCUUUCAGCCACUAAUAUUACAGCCUUGUAUUAAUUGCACUACAGUCCUAAAUCUCCCCACCAACACCGACUCAAAUACAAUGUAGGAUUGGUUUGUGGAAACACGUUAUUAAUGGGGGUCAAUGUUUCACUCGAUUGCUCACCACCUCAUCCCCAUUCCCUCUCUUCCCACCCCUCCCCCCAUGGAAAACUCCAACUUGCAAUAAAAUUAUACUUCUCAUGUACUACAUCUUAUAUUAAAUAACGGAUCUGAAAAGUAAGCAUCAAAUGUGCCAUAUAUACAGGCCAGAAUUGAGUGUAUUUAAUUGGUACUUUGUUUUAAACCUUUGUGUGUUUUUUUUAAAAUAAACAUUCUUAGACGUUAUUUGUACUAUACUUGAAACUCCAUGUGACUUGACUAGGCAUUUGCCUCUAUAACAAUAUCCCAUUUUGUGCUAUGGAUGUGACUGAACAUUCAUCUUAAAUGGCAUCCCCCAAAUUAUCCUGUGUUUAACACCAUAAAUUACAAAGUAAAAUGCUGCAAUAUUUUUGAAUGCAUUCGACACCAGAUUGUUUACAAUUAAUAUUAACACGUUGAGAACUAGUGGUGUGUGUGGGUUUUUUUUUGUUUUUUUUUUUUAUAAUUUACUCUACUUUGAGUCCUAAAGCUUUUAUACCAACAUUGUCUCACCCACCUGCAUACUUGGCACUGACCGAUGUAGUGUCAACAAAUGAGCUAGAUAUUCCAGAGGAAAAGCAUCUAGGAGCUACUGCCAGGUUAAGAGCUAUAUUCAAUUCUCCCCAAUCAACCCAUAGAUUUAAUUACAUACAAAACCCACUCAUCCAGUAAUCCCUCAAAUCUCAAUGAAAUAAUUACUAGAGAAAUGCAGAUCUUGCUCCACAUGCAUGUAUUCAUAUAUAAGUUUUGGUCACACACUUGCUGAUUUCAUUUAUCAUCCCCUCUAUUUGCUUGUAAAAGUGGCGAGUAGGGAGAAGAAACUUUGCUGUCUGUGGCAGUCCUUUGUAUCUAGUGGUGUAUAGUCCCAUUGUUCCAAGUCAGGAUGCCAUUUGGGAGUGCUACAAAUCCCUGGUGCGCUCUCAUCAGCCAGAGCACACAAGCUAGCUCACAAACUGUAUAUGUGGACCAUGUGGUGAAACAUGUUCGGCAUCAUGUCCCACUUUUGUAUUGCUGUGCCUUUGUGGAGCUCUGAAUUUGUAAAGCACAACUGCCAAGGACCACUCCAGUGGCUUGUAUAUUUUUUCCUUCCGUUGUGAAAAUCUGUACAUUAAGUCUUAAUUGAAGUAAAAGAAAUACUGGAUUUCAGCCUAUCGUGGUAGUAACAUAACUGGAAAGUAAGGUUUGGUUGAAUCUGCUUUGAAAUGGUCAACCAUUCAAGUUUGGUAUAAAGUUUUGUUUGAAGCAGGGGAGAGCAGACUUAGAAAAUCUACCUUAAACUAUGAAUUUAAACAAUACCUUGUGGCUUGGAAAAAGUAAACUGGGACAAAACCCUUUUUAAAACAAUUUGCGAACUCUGCUCUUGCAUGAGUCUUGUGUCAUUUAUAUAAAAGCUACUUCAGUUGAUUGCCAUAAACCAUGCUUGACGACAGUUGUCUGGGUCGGUCAAAGGGAAGUUCAAAUGUAAUUGGAUACAUUAUAGCUGACCUCUACACGAUUCCUUGGUGAGACCUGAACUUUAAAAUGCAAGUUUCAUGGGACUCAAUCACUCAUUAAGCUUAUUCUGGUGGACAUUUAAAAAUAAAACUGAAAGGGGCAAAUAGUGUCAAACCUAUGUUUGUGUUAAAGUGCCCCAGUGACUAAAAUGUUGCAUAAGGCCUAUUCCAAGGUUCUGAGUGAUAUUUGUUAAAUGCUUUUGUGGGUAUCUGAAAGUGUCAAGUAAUCCUCAAAACUUUCACUUCUUGACAGGUCGAAGUCCUGUAUUUGGGUUUUUGUCAGCAUACGUGUCCCAGUCUUCGAUGUGGUGGUAUCCUGGGAGGUUCCCACAACUGAUUUUUUUGAAGGUAGUGAGAAGCUGUGAUAACGCUUGCAUUGCCAUGAACAAUAAUUGCUAUUGGGGUGUUACUGUGCUCAAAUUUGUGUUUUUUGUUUUUUUUCUUUUUAAAUCUUGGUUUGUUCUUGUAUUUUUCAUGUACAGGACUGUUUAAUACAUGUGUAGAUUAUAUACAAACAUUAUUUUGUUUUACCUAAUGUGUUUUGUCUAAGGUGCCUUAUUUUGGCUGGGCUUCUCUUGAGGCAAAACUGAUUAAAUGUACCAAUAUUCUAAAAUAUACCAAUGAAGCUUGGCAAAUAUUGAAGCUUUGUUUAACCUGGUGAUAGAGGUAUAAAACAUUCUUCUUUUUUGAUUAGUACAGAAAUCCUCAAUUUUUAACUAGUAAUGUUUUAAAGUGAUAGUUAUGGCACUCAAGCCUUUAUUUCUUUUAAUAUUUACUGUCUUAUGAAAUAUUGAUCCUGAAAUUACCUUUUGGCGACUUAAGUACAAGAGAACAACCUAUCUCUGGUAGUCUAGAUGGUUGGGCAGUGGGUGAAUGAAGUUUGGGGACUUGUGGAGAAAAACUUUUUAUAAGAGGGGGGGGGGGAAGGGAUCCGUACAUACUACAACUAAUGGAAGCCUAAUUGGCAUGAUGCACCAAACAGGAGGGUGACUGGAGUGCCCUUCGAUGUGUAUAUGCUUGGGUGUCAAUCUAAACAGACCAGACUUUGUGCACUCUAUAGAAGAUGGAAUCCCUAUUAUCCAUUUGUGUUCUGUAGGUUGAACAUAAUUAUCUGCCUUAUAUUGCUAACUGUAUAAUUUAUUGUAUUAUGAUACGCACUAGAACUGUAAGAUUGAGUGAAGAAAUGUCUGGCAAUUGCACUGGUAACACCUUGCAUGUUACUAGCAGAGCGGACACUUCCCAGAACCACUGCUUGCCCUUAGUAUAAUAUUAAUCUGGUUAUUCAUAUUUGGGGAUCCAAAAUGUCUCAUGAAAUGCAGCUAAUGUUGCAUUGAAUUGCCCAUUGGGUACGUCGGCAGUUGCUUCUCAUGUCUACAGUGUAGACUUUUUUUUUUGUUUUGUUUUUUUAAAUUACAAACUUCUCUAUUUCACAUGGUUUUUGUAUUCUCUUGUUGUAACUAUAUGAUUCAAUGAAAACCUAGUAAAUAAAGUCUGUAU